AAGUUAAAUUAAGCUUAGAAUUUAAAUUUUUUGAUAGAGUUGCCAACUACUUAAAAAAAUUAAGUAAAAAGGGCAUAAGUUGAAAAAAUGUGGCAAUAUGGGUACCAAACUAAAAUAGUUGCAGAAAACUUCGAGAUAAAAUAUAUUUCGAGUAGAGUUACCAAAUGUUUUAAUAAAAAACAGGUUCGUCCAAAAGUUAAUUAGAAUAGAGUAAAUUGUUGUAAUAAGGCUUUCGAGAUUUGAAAGAUAUCUUACAAAAUUAGUGAAUUGGAUAUUUUUGUACAAAAAAUAAAUAUUAGAAAAGAGCAGUCUUCUACUCUGAACAUGUCGGAAGACAGACCAAUUGGAUCAAUUUAGUAAAAGGAAAAUAGAUCCAAGGUUUUUGAGACUUUCAAACAGAAUAAGAAUCAUAUAUGUAUAUACACAUUAUUUGAAAGGCCAAGUUUAGUCYAGCAAAUUGUGAAGAUUAGAUUUCCAAAUUCAAAAAAACAAAAACAAAAAAAAAAGAAUUCAAAUCACAAUUUUUUAGGCUAGAUAUUUUUAAGUCACUGUGACUGACUGAUUUGAAUUUAUCUACCAUUCGAUUGUGGGUGCGACUUUCGUCCACUGAAAACAAUUAGAAUUAUGAGGAGGAAUUACAGUGACAAAUUAAUACCUCGAUGGAUUUUUAAUACCAGCGGACAUUUUUGCAGGGGCUUAGAGUUUUUCAGCACUUAAGUGGCAAACUAAAAUGAUUUCCUUUACAAUGGGAUUUAUGAUGCAAUAACGAGCUAGAGUAUUCCUUUAUUCCUUUAAAGUAUUUGCUUCUACAAUUUAGACCCUUUCAAAAACAGUAAAAUUCGAUAAAAAUUAAAAUUUGUUUUCUUUUGAAAUUAAAAAUUGAGAAACUAAAAGUCUCCAAAAUUUUCAAAAAAACACUUGCAAAAGUCACAAAAAUUAUGCCGACUAACUCACUUGAGCAAAGAAUUAUUUUUUUCUGUUAAAAGGGUUUUUGCAUUACAAAAGAAACUCAGCAAUUAGUUUAUGUGCCACACAUUAGACAAUCGCAUAAAACGGUGCGCUUGGCCUCGCUGCACUUUUAGUGCAUUUUCAACAUUCGAACAACGAGUACUGCGGCGCUGUACAGAAAACGCGAUCUUUUAAGCAAUAAAUUACAAACAAAGUAAAAAAUCAAGCGASAUAAUGCCCACAAAAUCGGUGCACAAGUGGAUGUCGGACGAAAUGGCGCGUCUCUCGACGAAGUUCGCACGCUACAAGCCUAGCUGCAACGGCUACAACCGCAUACAGCCGGUGCUGCUGUCGCGCAGCGUCACCCAGAUGCUGAACAAUCCAUUGCCGGUGGAGGAUCAAAUCGGCAGCAACAUGACGGCGACGAGUCAACAGCAGCCGCAACAGAARCAACAGCAAKCACACGGGCGUCCCAAAGGUGUAUUGAGUCGCUCGGAAGCCGAUUGGGAGGAGGUCUAUCCGACCGUGCAGUUUGGGCGUAGUGAACAUUGUGAGGCGGAUGCCAAGAAGGCGGAACGAAAAUUCGCUUACUAUCGCAACUGUUCGACAAGGAUAAUUUAGGUUCGAAAAGGAUAUGAUGCUACAUAUGCCUUUAUAUGCAUGCAUAUAUGUGCAUAUGUAUAUAUGUAUGUAUGUAUGCAGUUAGAGCAAUGCGUUUUUAGCACUGCCGCUUUUCAUUGUGUAUGAUAAAUAUUUAGUAUUAGUUUUUGCAAUGUACAAGUUUUGCAAAAAUAAUUCAUUUAUAUUUAAAUGUU